AUGGACAAGGUGUGGAUCAAGGUGGUGAGAGCCACCUCGCUCAAGGCCGCCGACAGCAACGGGCUGUCCGACCCGUAUGUGGUGGUCCGCCUCGGCGAGGCAAAGUACAAGACGGAGAAGAUCGAAGACACGCUCAACCCGGUCUGGGUUGAGGCAGACACAGAGUUUAGCAUCGACCGCUCUCUGCUGGAUGAUGACUCUGCCGUGGUCUUCUACGUCUUUGACUGGAACAAGUUCAAAUCGAAGCAAUCGUUGGGCACUGCCCGGGUCAAGCUCAUCGAUCUUCCGCCAAACGAGACGGUCGAGCUGGCCCUCCCUCUCCGCGACGGUGACGAUGGCGUGCUCUACGUCAACGCGCGGUACGAGCGAACGCUCAUCAAUGACGGCUCGGUUGCACCGGGCGAGAGCGUUGCAGUCGAGGGCUCGGCUGGGCACAUUGUGCACGUUCCGCGGCUGAGCAACGAGGCCAGGUCCGGGGUCGAGGGCGGUGCUGAUGAGCGGCCGCUGGCCGCCGGCCUCCGUGACCAGUACCUCAGCGAAGAGGGCCAGCGGGCCAACUUUCACGCCACCGACCCGAACGAUGCUGCGGCGUAUGCGGCGGAGAUUACUGGGCCGGCGGAUCCGUUUUCGACCGGCAACCUGGUGAUCAAGCUCGAAGAGCUGAUCGACAUUGACCUGCCGGGCCAUCCGCGGAUCAAGGCGGUGCUGGCAGUUGGCGAGUCCGAGGCGACGUCUCACACCCACCGUGUGCGGCACGGCAAGAUUGCGUGGGACAACGAGCAGUUUACCUUUGCUGCCGUCAAAGCCACUGAUGUGGUCCAUCUCUCGGUGGUGUACAAGGACCCUCGCCGCGAGGUCUCGCAUGAUCUGCUGGGCGCAACGGCCUUUCCAGUCUCAGCGCUCCUCAACGCGGCGGGCGGCACGCUUCGAGCAGCUCUUCGCGGCAAAGAGGCUACGCUCUCCCCGCCCGGCCGGGUGGUGCUGACGGGUGGGUGGCAGGUUGCGGCGGCGGCGCGUGCGGCGGUUGUUGAGACGUCGGACGAUGCGGCGCUGGCUACCUACGCGCUUCCGAUCUCGCACCUGCGGUGCAUGCUGUACCAAGGCCGCAAUCUUGCGGCGCACGACCGAUCUGGCACGUCAGACCCAUUUGUCAAGGUCACGCUUGUCACCACGAGCGACGGGCUCCCGGUCUGUCGGCCCGGCUCGUUCGAGCCGAUCUCAGCCACCUCGGUGACCCGCAAGGCAACGCUGUUCCCGGUGUGGACCCAGGGGCUAGAUCUCGAGCUUCCGCCGCCGUACGCGACAAAUGUCGAGGCCCGCAAGACGCUCGCGCUCCACUGCGAGGUCUGGGACUGGGACCGGGUCGGAAGCAACGAUCUCAUGGGUCGCGUCGUUGUCCCGCUCGACGCGCUGGAGGACUUUCUCGCCGCGCCGGUUGACGAGCCGUCGGCCGACGACGAAGAGUACAAGACCUGGUACCCACUGUUUUUUGCUACCGACGACAAGGGCGCGGCCAAGGCGGCCAAGGCGGCCAAGGCGGCCGAGAAAAAGGCCAAGGCUCGCCGGAAGCGCAAGGAUAAGGGCAAGGAGGCUGAGAGCGGCGGCGACGACCGCGGGUCCGAGAGCCGCGGUCCGUCCGCUGACAACGGGUUCUCUCAGGGCGAGCUCCUCAUCGGCCUCUCGUACCGGCGGUCGACGCUCGCGCCACAAGCUCCGCACUCUGCCGCCGCGGCGGCGCUUGGCAGCGGGCAUCCGGACGUGCUGCGGCUCUCAGACGGUGGCGUGAUGCUCUCGCGGCAGGCUCACGAGGUCGACGAGGCCGAGGGUGGUGACAGCGAUGCAGCCGCCGCGGUAGACGACGGCGACUCGUGGUUUGGGUCCGAUGCUGGCGAGACAAGCGAAGACGCCGGCCGGAGCGGUGCGCUGCAGGCGACCAAGGUCCCGAUUUCGUUUGAGCACAAGCUGACGGUCCGAGUCAUCCAAGCGCGCAAGCUAAUCAAGGCCGACCGUUUCGGCAAGUCGGAUCCGUACGUCACGCUCAAACUCCGCAAGGCCGGCGAGUCGUCGCUGGUCAAGACGGCGACCAAGAUGAAGACGCUGGAGCCCAAGUGGGGCGAGACGUUUGAGUUUGCGGGCUCGACCGACGCAUCCAGCAAGCGGUGGCGCGAGAAGCUUGCAGUCACUGUAUUUGACUGGGACCGCGGCUCCAAGGAUGACCCCAUUGGCGAGCUGGAGAUCAAGCUCAGUUCGCUGGCCGCCAACGCGCCGGAGAGCGUCAACUGGUACAAGCUAGCGAACGUGGCGUCGGGUGAGAUCCAGCUCGGGCUAACGCUUGAGAGCAAGCCGGUCUUUGCUGACAUGGCGACCGGCAUGGCGGUUGGGGUGACCGACGCCGGCACGGUGGCGGCCAUGCACCUGCUCUCCGACGUGGGCACGGUGACGGUGACGCUCAUGUCAGGCGCGGACCUCAAGGUGAUGGACAAGCACUCCAAGGCAGCCGAUCCGUUUGUGCGGCUCCAGCUCGGCACAAGCGUGCACACCUCACGAAAGAUCAAGAAGACGGUGAACCCGACGUGGAACGAGACGUUUGUCUUUGAGCGGGUGACUCGGGUCGCACCGCUCCAUCUCACGGUUCUCGACUGGAACAUGAUGGGAUCGGCCAAGUUCAUGGGCGCGGCCGAGGUCUCACUCAAGGACUUGGCUCAUGAGCGGCCGCUCAAGUUCUGGCUCACGCUCCAUGACGAGAGUGGGAAGCAGGACAAGGAGCUCGGUGAAGUGCAGAUCAAGGUCGAGUUUACCUCGGAGACGGCGGCGGUUGGCGGGCCUGCAGUCGGCUCGCGGCUGGCCACGUUUUCGGGCGCCAUGGCGUCGGCGGCCAAGUACGAGCUCUCGCUGGUGGUGGUGGAGGCGACGGAUCUGGUGGGCAAAAAGUCGAACGGACUUGCCGACCCGUUUGUCAUUGUGCGGCUAGGAACCAAGUCGUGGGAGUCGCCGACACUCAAGUACACCACCGAACCGCGGUGGAACGCAAAGGUCCAGCUGUUUGCGUCUGGCGAGCCGGACGAGCGGAUGUAUGUCACGGUGUACGAUUGGAACCGCCGUGCCGCGUCCAAGGCGCUCGGCACGGCCGAGAUUGCUGUCGCGCCGCUGGAGGAGGGCACCCAGGAGGACCUUUGGGUGGCGCUCAAGGGCGCGCCGCGCGGCAAGGUCCAUCUCCGGAUCACCAAGAACAACAUUGUGGACGAGGCGGCGCGGCUGGAGACGCUGAUGGAGGCCAAGGCGGCGGUGCGGGAUGCGGCGUCGCCGGCCAAGGGCCGCAGCGGGCGUGAGAUGCCGACCCACCACGCAGCGGGCGAGGAGACAGCGGCGGCAGCCGUUGAGGUCUCAUCGCGGCUGACGGUGACGGUGCUCGAGGCGCGCGAUCUGGUCUCGCUCAACCGCGGCGGCGGCUCGGACCCGUAUGUCAUUGUGCAGUGCGGAACGUUGCUGCAGCUGACGUCGAUGCAGAUGAACUCCCUCUCGCCGUCGUGGGGAGAGACCUUUGAGUUUACGGAUGUCGAGGACUCGGACGCGGUGACGUUCUCGGUCUUUGACUGGGAACGGCUCUCGGCGGACCAAGCGAUGGGCUCGGCGAGCGUGGCGGUGCGAACGAUUCCGGUUAAGCGGCCGCUGCGGAUGUGGCUGGCACUCGAGGGCGUGGCCUCGGGCGAGAUCUACGUCGAGGUCUUCUACGAGUUUCUCGCCGGCGAGCUCGGUGAGUUGGCCCAGCUCCGGUCAAUGCUACCCGGCGAAGAGGACGAGGCCGACGGGCUGGAGCUCGCGCCCAACUCUACCGAGCCGUCGGAGCGGCUGGUGAGCGUGCAGGUGGUGGAGGCGCGCGCGCUGGAGGCACGGCGUGCUGCGGGCUCGGCCGAUCCGUACUGUGUGCUCAGCCUUGGCACGAGCGGCGAUCCUGAGGCUGUGGCGGUGCGAACCCUUGUCCGGCGCAACACCUCUGCGCCGGUCUGGCACGAGGAUCUCCAUCUCAAGUGCCUCUCGCUCGGAGCGCCGCUCAAGCUCCAGAUCCUCGACUGGAACUCGUCCGGGCCGGACAUACCGCUCGGCGAGGCGAGUAUCGACCUCGGCGAACUGGAAGAGUUCAAGGUCCACGACUCGUGGCACUACUUGCAGGGCGUGUCUUCGGGCGAAGUCCACCUCAAGAUCCGUGUCGGUGCCCCGCAGCAGUCUGCGGCGUCGGUCCGCCUCACCCGCAACCGGACGGUGUACGUGCAGGUUCUCGAGGCAUCAGGUCUUUCGCCGUCGAGCGGGCACCUCCACCCGUAUGUUGUCCUCAACCUUGGGCCCAAGUCGCAGACGACUUCGACGGUCGAAGUCCGCGGCAGUGAUGGUCCGCAGUGGCGCGAGGCAUUCCGCUUCCGCUGCUCCGAGUACGACGUGCUGCGGCUCUCGGUUUGCAACUGGGAGAUGUACUACCAGGGCGCGACGCUCGGCACGGCCUCGCUGCCUAUCUCGUCGUGCGUCACCCCGGGCCUGACCUACGACAUGUGGCUCGAGCUCGCUGGAGCACACGGUGGCAAGCUCCACGUCCGUGUCACCACCUCGUCGAUCGACACCCUCCCGGAACUCGUGCCGGCCUCGGAGCUCGCUGGCGAGCUGCCGGCCACCGUGGCGAGCUCGCCGGUCGCCCACACUUGGUCGUUUGGCACUUCGAUCGCCAUCAAGCUCGGCCUCGCGCUUCUAGUCAUGGCCUUUCUGGCCUUUGCGUGGUGGGCACGCGACAUGACCGGCAGCGAUGUGAGUGUGGGGGGGAACAAGGAGCUGUGAGCGAGAGGCUGCGUAAAAUACGUCUCGA